GUGCAACUGACUUCCAGAUGAGGGUGUGGUGCUUGAAGACAAAAUGCAAUGUGUCAGACCAAUUCAGACCACUCCACUGAAGCACAUCUCAAUUGCAGUACCUGCUACUCAUCUGCUGACAAAAUAAGCUUUGCCACAGGCUGAGAUAUGAAUAACUCAACUGAUUACUGGACUGGGGACGAGGAGGAUGAUCUCAACCAUGUUAUAGAUUACACUUCAUAUGAACUUCUCUGUGAAAAAAGCGAUGUGAGAAAUUUCACCAAACUAUUCCUUCCUGCGUUCUAUGCACUGGCUUUCACCGUGGGAGUCGCUGGAAAUUCAUUAGUGGUUGCAAUUUACGCCUAUUGCAAGAAAUCGAAGACUAAGACAGAUGUGUACAUCAUGCAUCUCGCCAUUGCCGAUUUGCUCCUGCUCUUCACACUCCCUUUUUGGGCUGCAAAUGCAGUGCAGGGAUGGGAACUUGGAAACUCACUGUGCAAGCUCACUUCUUCUCUGUACACCAUGAAUUUCAGCUCCAGCAUGCUGUUCCUGGCCUGCAUCAGUGUUGAUAGAUAUAGGGCCACUUCUGAAUCCCGGGGCCAUAGAAGAAUUGGUAAACACUGCAGUGUUACCUGCAUCUGUGUCUGGCUGUCUGCCAUUUUCCUCAGUAUCCCUGAACUAGUAUUUAAUCAAGUCAAAAAACACAAUGACAGGAAUGAAUGCCUUCCUGUAUUUCCAAUGAACAUGGAAACACUCUUAAAAUCAACCAUUCAAAUCCUGGAAAUUAUCCUAGAAUUUCUGCUUCCUUUCCUAGUAAUGCUGAUCUGCUAUUCUGCUACUGCUCGGGCAAUCUUUAGAUCUGCAAAUGUUAAAAAGUCUAGACCUUUCAUGGUUCUGCUGGCAGUAGUGGCUACUUUCAUAAUCACUCAGCUACCUUACAACAUUGUGAAGUUCUGGCGAGCCAUAGAUAUCAUCUAUAUGUUGAUCACUGACUGCGAUGCAAGUAAAACCAUAGAUGUUGCACUCCAGGUCACCAAGAGCAUAGCUUUGUUUCACACCUGCCUGAACCCUAUUCUCUAUGCCUUUCUGGGUGCUUCUUUCAAAAUGCAUAUUAUGAAAAUUGCAAAAAAUUAUGGGUACUGGAGAAGACAACAGCAGAAUGGAAGACCUGAAGAAAUUUCUAUGAAUUACGACGAUCAGACAGAAGAAACAAUUAGUUUCACUAUAUAGACUCUCCAUUACUUUCAUCAUCUUAUAUAACCAAGGGAAUUGUUCACUAAUUCUAGGGGGGUAUUGUUUCAGCAGCUGUUUCUCUGCAGGUUAACUUUCAGAUGAAUUUUUGAACCUGUACACUAGCCAAUACACUACAGAGCAGUUCAAAGUGGAACAUGUUUAUCAGAAUGAAGCAUCAUGCAAGAACUAGACACUGAAAUUUUGAGAAACAAUAGAGAUAUUUACUACACAACAACAAAAACUCAAACAAACCCCACUACAGCACAACCCAAACACCUAAAAAAGCCAAGACUGAAAUUUUAACGUGUACUAGGCAAUUAAAUAGCUGUGUAAUGAACAAUCUGUACAAGUCUAAACAUCUAAUUAAAACAGAGAAAGAAACUAUCAUCAAUGAAACAGCAGUACAGGAACUUUUGUACCAAAAGUUAAUACUCUUGUGUUUCUCCAACUAUUUUGUAAAACUUUAGAACAUCUGCCUAAUAACUGAGUUCCAUUUUUCAACUCAGCUAUCAUUGCAUAUCAUUCCUUGCAGCUUGAAAUGAUAUGUAAGUUUGUGGCUGAGAGUUGAGAGGGACAGAGGGGGAGAAAAAGCCAUUCUAUAUGUGUUUCCACAUAUGUAUAGCAACAACAACAGCCUCUGGAAAAAGCAGCAAGUCCUUCUCCAUAACUACGGAGACCUUUCACCUCUCCUUUUCUGCUUACCCUAAACUUCAACAAUGCCAGUCCUCUAUGGGAGGCAGGUUCUAGAUCUCUGUAAAUGUAAGACAAAGUUAAGUUAAUCUCCAGA